AUGUCUCCAAAUCGUAGAAUGGCACAUAUUCUAUCAGAAAAAAAAAGAAGAAAUAAUAUUAAUUCGGGAUUUUUGGAAUUGAAGGGUAUUGUUCCCAACUGUAGAGACAGUAGCGAUUCAAAAGCUUCCAUAUUGAAGAAAGCUGUUCAAUACAUCCAGUCUCUUGAAAAAGAACAAACACAAUUUAAGCAUAUUCAGCCUACAAAUUUAUCAUCACCAUCGCCAUCGCCAUCACCACCACUAACAAUAGCAUUCAAACCUACUAUAAUAACAACAGUAAACAAAACUUUUGAGCUUGGUCAAAAGACACAAUAUAUGUUACACGUCGGUAUAAACACCAACAUAGAUUGGGGUGUAAAC